CGCGUGGGCGCGGAGCGGGCGGCCGGGUCACCAUGAGGACUCUCCGCAGGUUGAAGUUCAUGAGUUCGCCCAGCCUCAGUGACCUGGGCAAGAGAGAGCCGGCCGCCGCCGCGGACGAGCGGGGCACGCAGCAGCGCCGGGCCUGCGCCAACGCCACCUGGAACAGCAUCCACAACGGGGUGAUCGCUGUCUUCCAGCGCAAGGGGCUGCCCGACCAGGAGCUCUUCAGCCUCAACGAGGGUGUCCGGCAGCUGCUGAAGACGGAGCUGGGGUCGUUCUUCACAGAGUACCUGCAGAACCAGCUGCUGACCAAAGGCAUGGUGAUCCUCCGGGACAAGAUCCGCUUCUACGAGGGACAGAAGCUGCUGGACUCUCUGGCAGAGACCUGGGACUUCUUCUUCAGCGACGUGCUGCCCACACUACAGGCCAUCUUCUACCCAGUGCAGGGCAAGGAGCCGUCGGUGCGCCAGCUGGCCCUGCUGCACUUCCGGAAUGCCAUCACCCUCAGCGUGAAGCUGGAGGACGCGCUGGCCCGGGCCCACGCCCGCGUGCCCCCUGCCAUCGUGCAGAUGCUGCUGGUGCUGCAGGGGGUACACGAGUCCAGGGGCGUGACUGAGGACUACUUGCGCCUGGAGACGCUGAUCCAGAAAGUGGUGUCGCCGUACCUGGGCACCUACGGCCUCUGCUCCAGCGAGGGGCCCUUCACCCACUCCUGCAUCCUGGAGAAGCGCUUCCUGCGCCGCUCCCGCGCGGGGGACAUGCUGGCCAAGAACCCGGUGGUGCGCUCCAAGAGCUACAACACGCCACUGCUGAACCCCGUGGCCGAGCACGAGGCGGAGGGCGCCGCGUCCGGCGGCACGAGCAUCCGCAGGCACUCCGUGUCCGAGAUGACGUCCUGCCCCGAGACCCAGGGCUUCUCCGACACGCCCAGCCAGGGCCCUGUGGGGGCCUUCAGGUCCUCCCCGGCGCCCCACUCGGGGCCCUGCCCCAGCAGACUGUGCCCCCCCAGCCAGCCCCCCGAGCACAGCCCGGGCCCAGCCCACGGCUCUCCGCCCUCCUCCAGCCCCGAGAACCUGGUGGACCAGAUCCUGGAGUCCGCGGACUCGGAUUCCGAGGGGAUUUUCAUUGACUUUGGCCGGGGCCGCGGCUCGGGGGUGUCCGACUUUGAGGGCCCCGGGGGCCAGCAGAGUGUCGUGUGAGGGCCUCGGGGUGGCCUCGUUUUUACUGACCCCCACGUAUGCGUGUCCUUGUGUGUGCGAGACUUUUAUACUUCGUCCUGUUCUGGCCAGCCCCGUCAGCCCUGUCAUUGGCCUUGAUCACUUUAUACUCCUGGGUCUGUGUUGGAAACUUCGGCCUCCCCUGCUCAGCCCCGGUCUGUUUUGGGGGCGACUGAGUUGGCGUCACCCAGGUGCAAGGGUCAGCUCGUGGCGUGGGGGGAUCGGCCCCUCGCUCCCGCCCCAGCCCUGCCGUGCGCACAGCCGCCCACGGAGAAUGCGGAUCGGUGUGUUCUGCCCACGCCGGGCCCCCAGAGUGGCCGGCCUGCAGCAGACCUGCCCCUCCGACGCAGCAAGACCUGGACGUGUGGCUCCGUCUCAGAAGU